AAUAUUUGUAUUUUUAGUAGAGACAGGGUUUCACCACGUUUGCCAAUCUGGUCUCGAACUCAUGACCUCAGGUGGUCCCCAUGCCUUGUCUUGAGUUUAGUUUUACCUUCUUUUGACCCGGAAUUUGGUAAAGACCAGUUGAGAAGUAUCGUAUCUUAGUGACUUGUAAGCAAAAGCCAAGGCUGAAGAUGUUUGUAUCCUUAUCUUUGUUUCCCAUAUGUCACACAGCUCCACGAUAGCGAAGACGGUAUCAUGUCUCUCUAGAUAGCUCCAUUUGCAGGAAGGAUCACAGGAGUGCCCUCAACCUCCUGUGUUUUUUGGAUGCAGUGUUUUCUUACAACUUUACCUCUUUCAGGGGCUCCGUGUAGGGGGAGAAAUAAAUAUUCAGGAUUUAGGGCAGCUGCUCUAAAGGCUAGGUUCUUUGCAAUGUUGAGAAGGUCAGUGCCAAACCGUGGCCUACACAUGUGGUUUUCAUUAGAACACACUGCCCCCAAGGCUACACCAUGGCUCCUGGAUAUUGAGAGAGUUUUCACAUAAACAUAGUCACUUUGGAUGGAUUAUUACUUCUGCAAAUAAUUUCAUUAGCUUUGCCACCAAACUGGCACUGUCUCAUCAUGAAAUGUUUAUUUUUCAAAGGCCUCAAAUAUGUUUUUGUUCUCCUUAUCAGAGAGGCAAAUCUCUAUCUGUGGUUUUGGGUCAGACAGGCCCUGCUCUGAAUCUUGCCUUUGCUACUUAGUGAUUGUUUCCAUUAGACAAAUUAACACCCUUCCCACUUUAAUUUCUCCUGUAAAGUAGGAGUCAUAGGAUGUGCUGCUUCAGGCCAUUGAAUUAAAUGAAAUAAUGCAUAAAACAUGUCCACCUUGUUUUAGGCGUAGAGGCUCAGUAAAUGUUGCAUGUAGGACAAGGGGAAAAAAAAGGUGUUUAUCACCCCAAACCUAACUUUAUGCCAUUCAUUUUAUAAUAUUUUUAUAAAUGAGGUAAUUUUAUUACCUAACUCCACUGCUUUUCUUUUUAACCAUAAAAGAUGAAGAGUCAAAACUUUAACAUUAUUGUGAAUAAGAAAAAACAAACACCUGAAAAAUGUUAAAACUUUACAUGGAAAAAACCCAGUCUUGAGUCUUAUCGAGCAACUUCUAUAAAUUGUUUUGGAUGUUUAUGGGAAGGUAAAUAUCCAAAGGUCGGGGAUGAGUAAUAAAGUACCUUCUGUUAAUGAGGACCAGUCAGCUAGAGAAGGGGGCACUGUUACAGAAAAUUAGACCUCAUUGAAGCUAUGUGCUAAAGAAUAAGAAAAUGCUGUUAGCCCUGAAAUUGCUAAUAUUUUUUAAAAACACAAAUGCUUAAUGAUAGCAAAGUGAAAACUUUUACAUUCCAUUUUAAGUGAUAACAUCUAUUACAUGUAUUUUUGUGUGUAUAUAUUGCAUAUUAAUGUCUGAGCACAGAAAAUACUUGAACUCAUACUAGGUCAUAAUUUUGUUUACUUGUCAAUGUAUUAGAAUGUGGUGGGCAGGGGGGAAACAAGUAUAAAAUCAAACAAUCUGUAUAUUUAUGUAAAGCUAGAUAAAUACAUGUAUAUGUAAAAGUUCUUUUAAACGAUUAAAAACAGAAGUGAUUCUUUAAAAGGUAGAUUUCCUUUUAUGUUGCAGUUAUAGUCAUGUAAACAGUGGUCCUCAUAUCUUUUUUCAACAGGGAGCCUCUUAAUCUUAUCUGUAAACCUCAGGAGCUGAGGAACUUGAAACUCUGUGGUGAAAUAGAAAUCCUCAGGGCAUGAGCUAUGCCUAAAAAGUAAUGGCAUUAAGAAUUCUGAUACCUAAAACCUGACCACUUGACCACGUUUUCUCGUUGCCGAGCUAUUUCCCUGAUAUCUGGCCAUGCAGCGGAGGACAAGAGGGAUAAAUACCGGACUUAUUCUUCUCCUCUCUCAAAUCUUCCAUGUUGGGAUCAACAACAUUCCACCUGUCACCCUAGCAACUUUGGCCCUCAACAUCUGGUUCUUCUUGAAUCCUCUGAAAUCACUAUAUAGCUCCUGCCUUAGUGUGGAGAAGUGUUACCAGCAAAACGACUGGCAGCGAUUACUGCUCUCUCCCGUUCACCAUGCUGAUGAUUGGCAUUUAUAUUUCAAUAUGGCAUCCAUGCUCUGGAAAGGAAUAAAUCUAGAAAAAAGAUUGGGAAGUAGAUGGUUUGCCUGUGUUAUCACCACAUUUUCCAUACUGACUGGAGUGGUAUACCUGCUCUUGCAAUUUGCUGUUGCCGAAUUUAUGGAUGAACCUGACUUCAAAAGGACCUGUGCUGUAGGUUUCUCAGGAGUUUUGUUUGCUUUGAAAGUUCUUAACAACCAUUAUUGCCCUGGAGGCUUUGUCAACGUUUUGGGCUUUCCUGUGCCGAACAGAUUUGCUUGUUGGGUCGAACUUGUGGCUAUUCAUUUAUGCUCACCAGGGACUUCCUUCGCCGGGCAUCUGGCUGGGAUUCUUGUUGGACUAAUGUACACUCAGGGGCCUCUGAAGAAAAUCAUGAAAGCAUGUGCAGGCAUUUUUCCCUCCAAUGCUGGUUACCCAGGACAGCAAUACUACUUUAAUAGUUCAGGCAGCUCUGGAUAUCAGGAUUAUUAUCCUUAUGGCAGCCCAGGUCACUCUGAAGAAGCACCCAGGAACUAUGAUGCAUACACAGCAGGACUGAGUGAAGAAGAACAGCUUGAGAGAGCAUUACAAGCCAGCCUCUGGGACCGAGGAAAUACCAGAAAUAGCCCACCACCCUAUGGGUUUCGUCUCUCAGCAGAAGAAGAAAUGAGGAGACGGCGGCUUCACAGAUUCGAUGGCCAGUGAGGUGGCAUCUUGGGAAGACAUGGUUUUUUCAUGUAAUUAUUGUCCAUUUGGUUCAUUCCGCAAGCCCCUAAUUCAUUUUAAACCAAAGCAGAGUGUACCAGUAUUGCCCUGGGUCACUCACGUCUGCCUGGGACGGUCCUUCCAUGACCCCUCUGAUUCAGCUCACAUCUUGGUGGGCGUGGGCUCACACAGGUCACUUCCUCCACGAAGGGACCAGUUCCACACUCCCCUCUCUCACCGCUGACUGAGCAAUGCCUCUGCCUCGCCCUGCUUUUGAAAACUGUGACCUUCACCAGGAGGUUUUACUCUCAGAAGGUUUCACUCUUCUCAGGCAGGAAGAUGAGUCCCUCAUCCUGCCGGGAGUGCCCUGUGUUUGACUUGGCAGUGGGUGCAGAGCCAUCUCCCCAUCCUCCCAGCGCGUCGCCACUGCAGCUGUCCAGGAACAGGAUGUGGCUGCCUUGGCCGCGUGUUGUCCUACUCUCCCCCACCCUGGUGCCUCAGCUCCUCGGCUCCUCUGGCCCCUGUGUCUGACUACUGUUUGCAGGGCCUUUGCUUUGCUCUGGUAUUGCUCUGCCUUUAUAGAAAGUCUUAUGGAAGAAGGAUAAGAAAGACCUCAAGUGGGAAGACCCCUACACACACCAUUAGUAUCACAUGACACCAGCAGUGUAGGUUCCCAGCCACCACUCAGUGGCAGCUUGUGUGCCCAGGAGACAGGACUUGUCAUUUAUGAAUCAGCAAAGUAGCAGCAGAUGCCACAUACAGAGUAGAGUGAAGGCGUUCGGUGGACCGGUCACUAGAGAUCUAUCUUGCAGAAAGUAUGUUUUUCCUCAUCAAAGUGCCUCUUAAUUGGCCACUGUACCAGCCACUUGUCAUAGCCAAAUGUCCAAAACACGCCCUUGGGCCCCACAGCGUUAAAAUCCACAGGUUGUCUGUCUGAGUCAUUCGAGUUUUUUCCUGGUGCUUGUAUUCCACGAAUAAAAGGACAAAGUCAAAAGAUCA